GGUGACCUGGAAAUCCUUUCCGCACGCCUGCGAGCGGUGGCCGCCCCUCGGCUGUCCCUGGGUGUCCCUGGUCCCCGAUAAGUGACCCCUUCCUGCCUGUGGUCAGUGGCCGGUAGGUAGAAGCAGACGCCCGCCAGGAUGCCGCGGAACCAGGGCUUCUCCGACCCCGAGUACUCGGCGGAGUACUCUGCCGAGUACUCGGUGAGCCUGCCCUCUGACCCCGACCGCGGGGCGGGCCGGACCCAUGAGAUCUCCGUGCGCAACUCGGGGUCGUGCCUGUGCCUGCCCCGCUUCAUGCGGCUGACCUUCGUGCCCGAGUCCCUGGAGAGCCUCUACCAGACCUACUUCAAGCGGCAGCGCCACGAGACGCUGCUGGUGCUGGUGGUCUUCGCCGCCCUUUUCGACUGCUACGUGGUGGUCAUGUGCGCCGUGGUCUUCGCCGGCGACAAGCUGGCGCCGCUGCUGGUGGCCGCCGUGGGGCUGGUGCUGGACAUCAUCCUCUUCGUGUUGUGCAAGAAAGGGCUGCUCCCCGACCGCGUGAGCCGCAAGGUGGUGCCGUACCUGCUGUGGCUGCUGAUCACGGCCGAGAUCUUCUCCUAUCUGGGCCUGAACUUCGCCCGCGCGCACGCGCUCAGCGACACGGUGGGCUGGCAGGCCUUCUUCGUCUUCUCCUACUUCAUCACGCUGCCGCUCAGCCUCAGCCCCAUCGUCAUCAUCUCCGUGCUGUCCUGCGUGCUGCACACAGUCGUCUUGGCGGUCACCGUGGCCCAGCAGCAGCAGGACAGGCUCAAUGGGACCCUCUUGCUGAGGGAGAUCCUGGCCAACGUCUUCCUAUACCUGGGCGCCAUCAUCGCGGGCAUCAUGUCCUACUACAUGGCUGACCGCAAGCACCGCAAGGCCUUCCUGGAGGCCCGCCAGUCGCUGGAGGUGAAGAUGAACCUGGAGGAGCAGAGCCAGCAGCAGGAGAACCUUAUGCUCUCCAUCCUGCCCAAACACGUGGCCGACGAGAUGCUGAAGGACAUGAAGAAGGACGAGAGCCAGAAGGACCAGCAGCAGUUCACAACCAUGUACAUGUACCGCCACGAGAACGUCAGCAUCCUCUUCGCGGACAUCGUGGGCUUCACCCAGCUGUCGUCCGGCUGCAGCGCGCAGGAGCUGGUGAAGCUGCUCAACCAGCUCUUCGCCAGCUUCGACAAGCUGGCGGCUAGGUACCACCAGCUGCGCAUCAAGAUCCUGGGCGACUGCUACUACUGCAUCUGCGGGCUGCCCGACUACCGCGAGGACCACGCCGUCUGCUCCAUCCUCAUGGGGCUCGCCAUGGUCGAGGCCAUCGCGUACGUGCGCGAGAAGACCAAGACGGGGGUGGACAUGCGUGUGGGGGUGCACACGGGCACCGUGCUGGGCGGCGUCCUGGGCCAGAAGCGCUGGCAGUACGACGUGUGGUCCACAGACGUGACUGUGGCCAACAAGAUGGAGGCCGGGGGCAUCCCAGGGCGCGUGCACAUCUCCCAGAGCACCAUGGACUGCCUGAAGGGCGAGUUCGACGUGGAACCCGGGGACGGCGGCAGCCGCUGCGACUACCUGGACGAGAAGGGCAUCGAGACCUACCUGGUCAUCGCGUCGGGGCCCUACGUGAAGAAACCCCAGAAUGGCACGGUGAGGCGUGGGCGAGUGCCCAAUGGCUUGCCCACCGCCUCAAGGCCCAACACCCCGAUCCUCAUCGAUACCGACACCAAGGAGCCCAAUGGCGAUGCCCACACGGAGGAGCCAGAGGAGCAGGAGACUGAGGCCGACAACCCCGCCUUUCCCAAUCCCCGCCGGAGGCUGCGCCUGCAGGACCUGGCUGACCGCGUAGCGGAUGCCUCUCAGGACGAGCACGAGCUCAACCAGCUCCUCAAUGAGGCGCUACUGGAGCGCGAGUCUGCGCAGGUGGUGAAGAAGAGAAACACCUUCCUCCUGUCCAUGCGCUUCAUGGACCCCGAAAUGGAGACGCGUUACUCGGUGGAGAAGGAGAAACAGAGCGGGGCUGCCUUCAGCUGCUCCUGCGUGGUCCUGUUCUGCACGGCGCUCGUGGAGACCCUCAUCGACCCCUGGCUCAUGACUAACUAUGUGACCUUUGUGGUGGGGGAGGUUCUGCUCCUGGUCCUGACCAUCUGCUCGCUGGCUUCCAUCUUUCCCCGGAACUUUCCUAAGAAGCUCGUGGCCUUUUCCACUUGGAUUGACCGGACCCGCUGGGCCAGGAACACGUGGGCCAUGUUAGCCAUCUUCAUCCUGGUCAUGGCCAACGUGGUGGACAUGCUGAGCUGCCUCCAGUACUACACGGGGACCGGCAACGUCACCGCAGGCCCGGAGGUGGUGGAUGGCUGUGUGCAGAACCCCAAGUAUUACAACUACGUGGCCGUGCUGUCGCUGGUGGCCUGCAUCAUGCUGGUGCAGGUCAGCCACAUGGUGAAGCUCACGCUCAUGCUGCUGGUCUCGGGCGCCGUGGCCGUCGUCAACAUCUAUGCCUGGCGCCCCAUCUUCGACGACUACGACCACCGGCGCUUCCAAGAGAACGACUUCCCCAUGGUUGCCCUGGAGAAGAUGCAGGUUCUUCCUGCCCCAGCACUCAACGGCACCGACAGCCUGCCCCUGGUGCCGUCCAAGUACUCCAUGACCGUGAUGAUCCUCUUCAUGAUGCUCAGCUUUUACUACUUCUCCCGCCACGUGGAGAAACUGGCGCGGACACUGUUCCUGUGGAAAAUUGAGGUCCAUGACCAGAAGGAGCGGGUCUAUGAAAUGCGACGCUGGAAUGAGGCCUUGGUCACCAACAUGCUGCCUGAGCACGUGGCCCGCCACUUCCUGGGCUCCAAGAAGAGGGACGAGGAGCUCUACAGCCAGUCCUACGACGAGAUUGGAGUCAUGUUUGCCUCCCUGCCCAACUUCGCCGACUUCUACACAGAGGAGGCCAUCAACAACGGCGGCAUCGAGUGUCUGCGCUUCCUCAACGAGAUCAUCUCGGAUUUUGACUCUCUCCUGGACAACCCCAAAUUCCGGGUCAUCACCAAGAUCAAGACCAUUGGCAGCACCUAUAUGGCAGCUUCUGGAGUGAACCCAGAUAUCAACACCAAUGGCUACACAAGUUCCAACAAGGACGAAAAGUCGGACAAGGAGCGCUGGCAGCACCUGGCGGACCUGGCGGACUUCGCGCUGGCCAUGAAGGACACGCUCACGAACAUCAACAACCAGUCCUUCAACAACUUCAUGCUGCGCAUCGGCAUGAACAAAGGCGGGGUGCUGGCCGGGGUCAUCGGGGCCCGGAAGCCACACUAUGACAUCUGGGGCAAUACCGUCAACGUGGCCAGCAGGAUGGAGUCCACGGGAGUCAUGGGCAACAUUCAGGUGGUGGAGGAGACGCAGAUCAUCCUGCGCGAGUACGGCUUCCGCUUCGUGCGGCGCGGGCCCAUCUUCGUCAAGGGCAAGGGCGAGCUGCUGACCUUCUUCCUGAAGGGCCGUGACAAGCCGGCCGCCUUCCCCAACGGGUCCUCGGUGACGCUGCCCCACCAGGUGGUGGACAACCCCUGAAGCCUUGCCGGGAGCAGGGGAGCCGCCCCCGGCCCCGCGACCGGCGACACUCACAUAGACUUAGGGCUGACCGGCUCCUCCGGAGCCCCUGUCCGGGCACAGCCACACGGUCUCCGCCAGCCGGUAGCUUCCCCAGAGUAGGGUCGUGGUCGUAGGCAUAGAGCGGAGCCCACUGCAGGGUGGGGGGGGCGCCGUGCAGCGCUGCCCCUGGAGCUGGGCACGGCCCGCGUCCCGACGUUCCUGAUAAUCUUGAAAGGUUCUCCUGGAACCCGUCACCAUAGUCCUGAGAGCAGAGAGUGCAAUAUUUCCUUCCACCUGGGGGGCGGCGGGGGGGGAGGGGGAGAGAUGGGUCUAUUUCUGAGAGAAAAUAUAUCAACAGAUCUUUUACAUUUAUAUUUUUAACUUUCUGUUCAAAAACACUUUUCUGAUACUGCCUUGCCUUUCGAGCUCCUGCUACAGUCGCCUUUGCUACUGCUUUAAAAGAGAAUUUACAGGUAUUGUAAAGAACGAGAAGUUUUAUUAAAAGUUAUAUUCAACUUGAA